AUGGCCUCGACCUCGAUCAAAGCUAUCACGGACAUCCCUACCGUCGCUCAACUGUAUCGAGAAUCGGCUCUCCGAAAAGUGGCGUCAUCAUCUCCUUCUGAUUCUUCCAUUAGUCGCUCAGCGCCCAUCAACUCUCGCGUCGGCCUCAUCCGCGGCGACAUCACAACGCUCCAGCUAGAUGCAAUCGUGAAUGCGGCCAACCCGGCUCUGCUUGGCGGAGGCGGCGUUGACGGGGCUAUUCAUCGUGCGGCUGGGCCCGAACUCCUGGACGAAUGUCGAGGAAUCGGGGGCUGCUCUACGGGAGAUUCUUGCUUGACCAGGGGAUACAAGCUGCCAGCGAAGCAUGUCAUACAUACUGUCGGGCCAAUCUACGACGGCCAUUCUCCGCAGACAAGCGAAAACUUGCUGAGAAGCUGCUAUGAGACAAGCUUGCGUCUCGCGGUAUCUUCGGGCAUUAAAACCCUCGCUUUUGCCGCCAUCUCCACUGGUAUUUAUGGAUAUCCUUCUCAAGAUGCCGCACGGGUCGCUUGCGAAACCGUCAGAAAGUUUCUGCAUAAUGAUGGCGGUGCGCUGGACAGAGUGGUGUUUGUCACUUUUGAGCCGAAGGAUGUGACUGCUUACAACGAUGCACUUCCCAAAUACUUCCCUCCGGAAGAAGGGGCAUAG